AGGAUUAUAGUCCUACCUGUAAAUGUCUUGACAGUUUCGAAAGACAAUGACCUUGGCUAAAUGCUGUCUUGUUGUCCUCUGAUGUGUACUGGGGAUCAGAGGGUUUGUGAGAUGUUUGUGAUGGCUGGUGUCAUCAAAGGGCAGUAAAUGCCCUGUCUGGAUCUCUGUCUGCUCACGGCAUCAUUUCAAACCAAGAGAAGCUAGAGGAAGGAGGCUAGUUGUUGCCAUCUUCCUAUUGUCUUUACUUUCAAGGUGACUUAACGCUAUAGUGGAUACACCGCUUCAGUCAAAAUGGUAGGCUUGGCACGGCUCGUCUUUUGCGCGCUACUCGUCUGCUUUUUCAGGCUUGGCAGUUCGGAGAAACUGUUGCACCAUUCCCGGCAUUACAAGAGCUCACCCGAGUCCAGUUUAGGAUAUCUGAAAUCGUACUAUCCCCAUAGGUACCCUCUCUACAUGAUGCAGCUGUACCGCUCCAUCAAGACCGCAGCCGAUAACAGCCCCUCCACACAUUCUGAUUCAGUCCUCAGUCUGAUAGCAAAAGGAUGCCAUCAAGAGGGUGAGAAAUGGACCAUCACUUUCGACAUGUCCUCCAUCUCUGCGAGUGACGACGUCCAGCUGUCAGAGCUUCGGAUCAGACUACCAGCGUUCUCCACCUCCAAGCAUGUCACAUUAGACAUUUAUCACUCACGAAAGCAGGACUGCGAGUCUGACACUGAACUGUGCAGCGAGGAGCGCCAUCUCUUGGGCAGCUUUGGCGCAUCGCCCAGUGACACCAGGUCUCAAUGGAACGUGUUCAAUGUGACAGCUCUGCUCAAAUAUUGGCUGCACCAGGGAGACACAGUGACGCAAAGCCAAGAAGCAAAAGUCCUUGUGAUAGAGAAAGAACACGAGAGUGGGGCACCGGACGACGGAGAGGAAAUUGACAUGGCCUACAUCGGGCAUCUUARGCACAGGAAAAGGAAGGUUCACCAUCCGACAGACCAACGGGUUAUGAUGGUUGUCUUCUCCAAGCACAACCUGCCCCGAGAUGGCGAGAGCGCACCCACUCUCAUCCGUACUGUGGYGCACUCCAAAUACGCAAUUUUGGACCAAGUCAGCCGUGAAGCUCAAGGGCGACGCCACAAGAGAAACCGAAUGGAGAGAGUGCGGAUGGCCGGUGGAUUUGCAGCUAAUGCUACUGGGUCAGCGGCUGAAGCCGUCCAACGCCCACUCUGUCGGAAGAUUGACAUGUGGGUAGAUUUCGACCAGAUCGGCUGGAACGAGUGGAUUGUGUAUCCAAAGCGCUACAACGCCUUCCGCUGCGAGGGCGAGUGCCCUACUCCGGUGGAUGAAUCCUUCAGUCCCACCAACCACGCAUACAUGCAAAGCCUGUUGAGACUGUACCAUCCGGAUCGCGUUGGUUGUCCGUCCUGCGUGCCCACGCGCCUCAGCCCGCUAUCCAUGCUGUACUACGGGGACGAAGACGUGGUGUUGCGGCAUCACGAGGACAUGAUCGUGGAGGAGUGUGGCUGUCACUGAUACCCACAUCGGGCCCGCAACCACAAAGACUAUUGUGAAAACACUUAUUUAAAAGGCUUCACUUGGAAUAUAUUGUGCGCCAUGGAAUGACUCUUGAAGGUUUGGUGUCCAUCUACCUUAAAUUGUUUGUGGUCGUUAUCACAAGGAAGAUCAAUUUCUUUGCUAUGGUCCUUACUAUAUCUUAUUCUAUCUAGGCCUAUGUCAUGAUCUCAGCUGGAACCACAGCAUUCCARAUUAGAAGAUUUGUCCAUGGUUUGAACCAGCAUGAUAAAGAUGUACUGUUAUUUAUUUGAAUAUUUUAAGKAGAAAGACUAUCCAUUUUGGGUGUUACUUUUAGGCUAUACGUUUUAUAUUGUGUUUGUCAGUGUUUUGUAAUUUUCAAGAAGUGAAAGAAAUAUGCUGCCAAAAUAGUGCCUUAAUUGUUAUGAUUAUUUUG